UCACUCUCACGUGCUCCACCUUCUUCUUCUCCUUCUUCCCGCCGUCUUCUCUUCCCUUUCAGCAGCUCAGCGUCGCCGCUGCCGUCUCUCUUCCGCUUGUACCACCGAAACCUCCCUUCUAACAGAGUAUGUAAAGGUGCAGAGCAUAGCAAGGAAAAAAGAUGAACAAGGACAAGAUAUUUAAGCUAGCCAAGGGUUUCAGAGGUAGGGCUAAGAAUUGCAUAAGGAUUGCCAGAGAGAGGGUGGAGAAGGCUCUUCAGUAUUCCUACAGGGACCGUCGGAAUAAGAAACGGGACAUGCGCUCCCUUUGGAUACAACGUAUCAAUGCUGGCACGCGCCUUCAUGGGGUAAAUUACGGCAAUUUUAUGCAUGGGCUGAUGAAGGAGAACGUUCAACUAAAUAGAAAAGUAUUAUCAGAGCUGUCAAUGCACGAACCUUAUAGUUUCAAGGCUCUGGUAGACAUCUCUCGUAAUGCAUUUCCUGGAAACAAGAAUGUAGUGUUUCCCCCCAAGAAGGAUGCCGUUUCCAUGAUUGUUUAAUGGAUUGUUUAAGAGACCUCUAGAUCUCUAAUUAUAUAGAAAGACUCGGGAUGUUUGUCUGGCUUAUGAUCGAUCAUUGAGAGUUGAUGCUUCUUGUUGAGCGUUAUUGUUUUCAUUUCUAUUGUUGCAUUAGUUCUCCUGAUGUUGUCAGACACUGAAUGGAUUCUCCAUUUGAAAUGUUGGAUGCUUUGGCUUUAAAUCCACAACCAGAGAUGUUAUUUUGUGGCGA